UCGGGGGGGGGGGAGGUGUGCCCUGCUGACAGCGCUUUGUUUUGGGUUAACGACACCGCUUGCGCGCAACGGAGAGUCAGCGCAAAGUUUCCUCGAUGGCGCUGGUGAUGGAGCCGGUGAGCAAAUGGAGCACGAGCCAGGUGGUGGACUGGAUGAAAGGUCUGGACGACUGCUUGCAGCAGUAUGUGUGUGUGUUUGAGCGCGGAGGUGUGUGUGGGGAGAGGCUGCUGAGGAUUAGCCACGCCGAGCUGGAGGAACUGGGAGUUUCUCGCAUCGGACACCAGGAGCUCAUUCUGGAGGCCGUCGACUUGCUCUGUGCUCUGAACUCAGGUCUAGAGACGGAGAGCGUCAGGACUCUGGCUCACAAACUCGGCGCCUCGGCCAAAAACCUGCAGAACUUCAUUUCCGGCCGCCGCCGAAGCAGCCAAUCGGAGAGCAGAAGCUCGCGGCGGCUUCCUAACGAUCUGCUGACCUCUGUGGUCGACCUCAUCACCGCCGCCAAGAGCCUGCUCGCCUGGCUGGACAGGUCUCCCUUUGCUGCAGUGGCAGACUACUCAGUAACCCGAAAUAAUGUCAUUCAGCUCUGCCUGGAGCUCACCACCAUUGUACAGCAGGACUGUACGGUGUUUGAGACGGAGAACAAAAUCCUUCAUGUGUGUAAGACUCUGUCGGAGGUGUGCGAGCACAUUGUGUGCGUGUCAUCGGACCCACUGGUUUCUCAGUCGGCCCACCUCGAGCUGGUUCACCUCACCAACAUCAAACCCUCUGAGGGCCUGGGGAUGUACAUCAAGUCGACCUACGACGGCCUCCACGUGAUCACAGGAACUACUGAGGGGUCUCCAGCUGACCGCUGUAAGAAGAUCCAUGCGGGAGAUGAAGUCAUCCAAGUCAAUCACCAGACUGUGGUGGGCUGGCAGUUACGUAACCUGGUCGGCUCGCUGAGAGCCGAUAAAGGCGUCGUGUCCCUGACCCUGAAGAAGCGUCCACAGAGCACGCUCAGCUCCGCCCCCGCUCUGCUCAAGAACAUGCGCUGGAAACCCCUGGCUCUGCAGCCAACCAGAAGCCCAGGCAGCAGUUCAGCCACACCCUCAGGCACACCCACCAAGAACUCGGCCCUCCAGGACCUUUUCAUCCCCCCUCCGCCUGCUGAGCCGUACACACCCAGAGAUGAGACGGGAGCCUUGUCUGGAGAUGAGGCAUCUCGCAACCAUGGUGGCGUCAGCGUUGCUAAGCGCUCUGAGUCACCAAACUCCUUCCUGGAUCAAGAGUCUCGCCGGCGAGAAGAGGAGGAGCCUGUGUACUGCACCACGCCUACAUAUGGCAGGCUGAGGCCCAUCUCCAUGCCUGUGGAGUGUAACUGGGUGGGCGACUAUGAAGACCCAGCCAAGCUUAACAGAGAAAGCCGCAGAGAAGCGUCACUCAUGCGUUACGUGGGGCUGCCCGGCGGGGACGAGAGGACCCCCUCCGACGACUACUCCUCCCACACAGCUCGUCCGGGUAAACGGUCCAACGACACGGCCAAGCGUGCCAAGAGGCGGAGCCACCACAGCCAAAGCCCCUCCCACUACGUCCUGCAGACAAAUCAGAGGGAUUCUCCCCCCAGAGACCCAGCCUCCAUUUAUCACACAUACCAGCAGUCCUCCUCUCUGCAGUCAAAGAACAGGAAGAAGAAUAAAGGGCGAGGUCUGGCCUCCCUGAGUCGGAGGCGUGUUUCCUGCAAGGCGCUCGGCAGAGGAGACUGCGAGGGCUGGUUGUGGAGAAAGAGAGAUGCGAAGGGUUACUUUUCUCAGAAAUGGAAGAAGUACUGGUUUGUUCUGAAGGACAACUGCCUGUACUGGUACAUCAAUGAGGAGGAUGAGAAGGCAGAGGGUUUUGUCAGUCUUCCAGAGUUUAAGAUCGACCGGGCCAGUGAAUGUCGCAAGAAGUAUGCUUUCAAAGCAUGUCACCCCAAGGUCAAGAGUUUCUACUUUGCAGCAGAUGGAGUAGAUGACAUGAACAGAUGGCUGAGUCGUCUCAACAUGGCGGCUGUGGGCUACGCUGAGCGCGAGAGGAUGCGCCAGGAGCAGGAUUACUGGAGUGAGAGUGAACAUGAGGAUGACACCACCUCCAGCCCUAAACAGGACAGCCCCCCACCUCCAUAUGAUACCUACCCACGGCCUCCAUCAAUGAGUGCCUACUUGGAGGGCCGAACCACUCGACUGUCUUCCACGGAGACGUCUCGUUCUCGCUCUUCCCAGGAGGACUUCCUGUGUGGCGAGCCACCCGCAGCGGCCGCAGAGCCGCAGUACCACCCUGGUCCUCUAGGAAGCACUACACACAGCGGGAGAAAACCAGGCGGCAGCAGCAGCAGCGACGUGCAGUACAGAUGUGAUCCUGUAGAGUACCGCUCCAGUCCUGCCGGGGGCAGCAGUGAGACGGGUUCCCCGGGCCGCUCCUCGUCGUCUCAGAGACGUUCUUGGCAGGACCUGAUUGAGACGCCGCUCACUGAGGCUGGAUUGCACUAUUUACAAACUGGACCUUUAGAGGACGCCGUCUUUGCAGAGCCUGGUCCUGGGGGUGGGACUAUGACGGCCGGAGCCGUUUACACUCUUCCUGCACAGAGGAAUGUCCCGUUGCCCAUGGCGAUGCAGAGGCUGAUUCCUAUGGCAACCCAGGGAGGGAAACCCCGCAGCUUCACACUGCCAAGAGACAGCAACCUACACACACUCCUCACGCCCCCUGCGAAAGAACAGCAAACGCACAACGGUGGCAGCGAAGGCGCGUCCCUUGGCGACCUGUUCCGAGCAUGCGAGCAGGGCGGGGUGUGCCCUUUAGGUCGCGGGUCGGAGGCCAAAGGUCAGUCAGAGUUCAGGCAGUCGUUCCUGCGACGGGCCGCCGACCCUCAGCUCAAUGAGCGUCUGCACCGCCUCCGCAUACUCACCUCCACACUGAAGGAUGUCCCGCCCCUGGACGCAAAGCUCCCAUCGGGAUGUUCAAAUUAGCCUGACAGACAUCGAGAACAGCCAAUGAGACACUUUCAUCACUUAAACAAAAAGAAGUUUCCUGUCUCUGUGUCUCGGCAUGUGUGUGUGUGUCUGUGUGUGUGUGUGUGUGUCUGUGUGUCUGUGUGUGUACUCCUGCUGUUUCCUCAAAACCCCUUGUUUUGAUUAUAGCCAAUAUUUCCUGGUUAUCAUCAUGUCCCUAAAAGGGACUUGUGUUUUUAUGAAAAUUGGGACACACACACACACAAGCACUCUCACACACACGCACAGAGCUCAGAGAUCUGCCUGCUAACUUGAUGUUCUACUGCUGCGUGCCCCGUCACUUGGAUUUGAUGUGUUUUGUUUUGUACUGUACUGUAAUGUAUUGUAUAUAUGCUCAUAUUGUACAGCUGUACAGACAGGGAGUGUGGUAUGUGUCAGUGAGGAUGUUGGAUAUUGUUCUAUGAGAGAGUUUUAUUUUUUCCAGAGAUUAAGGUAUGAAUGUUACAGGGAAAGUUCUGGAAGAAAUCGCCUCAUUCAUAGCAUGUUUGCUAAGAUUUGUAUUACUGUAACGUUGCUUUGGCUGGGAUUGUUUACUGUCUCUAUGCUUAGCAUGCUGUUAGCAUGGAAGGAUGACUGAACGGGCCUACCGGGGGCCCAGGGGGUCCUGAGGGGACUUCUGUUUGAAGUGACGGUUAAAAUUUCUUGUUGGAAAGUCAGUCAAACAACUACAAAGAGACUCAAAACAACCACAAAGAAACUCAAAACAACAACAAAUAGACGCAAAACAACCACAAAGAGACUCGAAACAACCACAAAGAAACUCGAAACAACCACAAAGAAACUCAAAACAACCACAAAGAGACUCGAAACAACCACAAAGAAACUCAAAACAACCACAAAGAGACGCAAAACAACUACAAACAGAGAAAAUAACUACAACAAUUGCAAAACAACUACAGUUAGAUCUCACAAAGAGAGAUGUCGAAUGACUACAAAGAGACAAGAAAAACAUGACUUCAAAGAGAUGCAGAACGACCUCAAAGAAACUCAAGACGACCACAAACCGACGCAAAACAACCACAAAGAGAAGAAAAAUGAUGGCAAACUACAUGGUUCUUUUGUUUGUAGUCACUUAGUGUGUCUUUCAGUCUGGGGAUCUCGCCCCUACAUACUGUAUAGACGGGGGUCGUGGGGUGGCCUUUUGCACAUCUGUGCCCGGGGCCCUUUUGUCUUAUAAUCCUUCCAUGGCUGUAAUUAUCCUCUGACACUCCACUGUGCGCAACGAAAGAUUAAAGGAAUAUUUCACCCUAAAUUGACAAGUCAAUCUUUACUCUCACCAUUAAACAUGCCCCAAAAUUAAUUUACAAGGAAAUAAAACACACUGAAAUCGCCCAUGCGCUGUAGUUCCAUCUCAGCCUCCGUCAUGAUCAUAAAGGCCGAUAACAAACCUGCAGCUUAGGUAAAUUAUAUGUAGGGAAAAUGACAGCUAAUGAUAUAAUUACAAACCAAACUGUCUGCUGUGGACAUCCAUCACAGCUUAGUCAUCACAACUGCCAGAGUUGUGCGCACACAUUGAGAAGUUUGUGUUCGUUACACCAUUGCAGCUGUUCUCUGCUGAUUUUCCUCCAGUUUAUUACCAGCCCCGUGUGUUUGUGAUUGUAAUUUCUUUUACUACAAAGUAAUUUUUUAUUUUGCAGUCCAUUUUAAGUGCAUGCCACAGUACAGUGUUUUAGAUUUACACUUGCCUUUCCAAACAUCAGUCGGUUUGUACUCAUUAAAUCAGGCUGUAAUUCUUUAAAAAAAAAGGGUUUGAAAUGAAUGAAAACCAAUGGAUGCCACGGGUGGAACAGUAGAAAAUAUAUAUACAAAUGUCUGCAACACAGCUGUUAUGUAAAGUAUAUGUGAUUUGUAGUCUCCUAAACGCAACACACUCUAAGUGUUUUAUAGCUAAACAACUGCACCGAAGGCCUAAAUAUUUAUGCUCCUCACUAAUGAUGCACACGGCCCAGUGAAGAAUAGGUGUGAGAGAAGUAAAUAUUGGACCAAUACUGGAAACAUUUGGAGACAGAAUCACACAAGCUGUUUGGGGAAAUUUACUGGCCUGCUUUUUUUGGAGCUACGUUACUGUAUAUACUCGCUAUUACCCCUGGGAGGAGAUGGAACUACACAGUGUGACUUGCUGCAUUUCGAUCAGUCCUAUGAACGUUAUUGAAGGUGAACUAAUCCUUUAAGCUCAAAGUGUUUUGUGAACAUGAAGUGAGAGUCUAGAUAAGAAGUCAGGCCCCAAACACUUAGGGGCAACAGGGUAUUUGGAGGGGGGGGGGGCAAGUCUGUCAAUCACACUUUCAAUACAAGACUGUCGUGUCCUGUAAUCCUGACCUAUAUAGUUGGGCAGGAGAAAGAAGCAGUUUUUUCAACUCGAAUACAAACAGACUUAGAUUUUACUCUAAGGCCGCGACAGAUGUGAGAUUUAGAACUAUUGGCCAAAUAAAAGUCGACACUGCUUUUGCUGUUGUUGUACAUUUGCUGAUUUUAUCAGCCGUUAUGGCGACGGUUCAACACUAUUUGGUGGUUGCUUUCAAUUUUGUAGUGUAGUUGUUGGGUAACACAGAAUGUAUCCAGUGUCAAAGCAUUUCUAUAGGAAUCAUCAAGCUGUGUUCUGCAGGUUUUAGUACUUUAACUGCAAGUCAGAUAUAAUUAACCUUACCUCCAGCCCAUUUUCAAAAUCAUAACAAAGAUUUUUAAAUUGAUUUCCGACCCUCCAGACAGUCACUAGUUUCCAUUCAGGUCAGUACAGGUCAAUUUGCAAAGCUAUAAGUUUUCAUCAAGACAGGUUAUGCACUGCAGUGAACUUGUGAGCUAAGGUAUUAAUUGAGACUGUUUUGUUCAAGAACCAUCCAACAUUCACUAUUUCAGAGUCUACUGCCAAAUCCUAUUGAAAUUCGACUCCACAAUGCAAAUGAUAAAUAAAUUCUGACAUUUUGGAUUUCAUGUAAAUUUGGCCUUUUUUUCUCUUUUUUUGUAUUUAAAAGGUUCAUGUUCGGCAGCCGACUUUUUGCAGCAACUUUAAACACAGGAACGAGAAGAGCUUUCCCGCAGCUGCACAACCUGAAACAUUAGUAAUUUGGUGAUUUAACAGAAACUAAUAGCUGCCUGGAAAACAAGAACUCAGUCUAACAAACAUACGGUAUGCUUUUGAAAAUGUUGGAAAAUAAAAUACAUAAAAGGAAAAAGGGAAGAAAGUUUUUUUCUUUAAUGGAAAUGUUAUUUAUAAUGUGAAGCUGUGCUGCUGUUCUUGUUUGUGAUGAAAUGAAACCUAUGAUGGAAACUGAACUAAGAACCUCAUGUUUGUACUGUACUGGUAUUUAAAGACCCUCUGUCCUGAUGCCUCCCAUGGUUAGACAUGAAAAUGAGCACAAAGAUAAGAGAGACGACGUGCACACACACACACACACACACACACACACACACACACACGAAGCCAUUACAACAGAAACACAGACGACUCUGCAUCCCUUCGCCUCGCUACAACUCUGCACUAACGAAGCCUUGAUACCGUAUAUGCACAGUCACAACUCUGUAUUUGCCUUUACCAUUAAAAUACUUUAAUGUGGAAACACGUCUCUCAUCUGCGGCUUCCAUUUUUAACAGGAUCAAACUGUUAUCCACUUUUAUCCUUGCAUGUUCAUGAUUGUCAGGGUGGGAGUAGAAGUAAUGAAGAUUAAUGUACAGAUCCACGCAGGAUAAACACACUCAGGACCAGUAGUGAAAAGUAACUAAGUACAUUUACUCAAGUACUCUACUUUUGAGGCACCUUGAGUAUUUCCAUUCUAUGCUACUUUAAACUUCUAAUCUGCUGCAAUUCACACAGAAAUAUUUUUACUUUUCACUCCACUGCACUGACAGCUCCAGUCACACAUCACUUUCAGAUUUUCCAUUGACAGCAUAUGAUCAGUUUAUGAACAAUAACAUGCUGUUAUGAGUUAAAGAGCCCAACAGUACAUAGAUAUCUUGAAUGUCACAUACUGUGUGUUGCUUACAGCAAAUGUUGAUGUUAAGGUAAAUAUUAGAGUUAUGUGGGAACUUGGAAUACAUGAAAUAAUAAUGAUAAUAAUUGUAUGUAAAAUGCAUGUACAACUACACACCUGACUAAAAAUAAAAUGCUGCUUAAAUCUUAA